AUGUUCGAAUGUUCAUCUAAUCAACCGGAAUCUCACCGGAAGUAUCUUAAGCAUUCAGAAUCUUAUCAGAAAUGUCCUGAUGCGGAGAAUUCUUAUUCUAGUUCCUAUUUGGGCAACCACUUACGCCAACGAUCCACGGUAUCAGACCCGUCACUUAAAUGA